CUCACAACUCCGAAUUUCCCUGUAGUGGUCAAGCUGGGACAUGCGCAUGCUGGAAUGGGGAAGGUCAAAGUUGAGAACCAGCACGACUUCCGGGACAUGGCCAGCAUAGUAGCCAUGGCAAAAACCUACGCCACCACCGAGCCGUUCAUUGAUUCCAAGUACGACAUCCGAAUCCAGAAAAUCGGCAGCAACUACAAGGCGUACAUGAGGACGUCCAUCUCUGGAAACUGGAAGGCAAACACAGGUUCUGCGAUGCUAGAACAGAUUGCAAUGACAGAGAGGUACAGACUCUGGGCGGACGCCUGCGCGGAAAUGUUUGGAGGUCUUGACAUCUGCGCUGUCAAAGCUGUCCACAGCAAAGAUGGAAAAGACUAUAUCAUUGAGGUGAUGGACAGCUCGAUGCCCCUGAUUGGGGAGCAUGUGGAAGAGGACAGACAGCUUAUAGCCGAUCUGGUUGUUUCCAAAAUGACUCAGCUUGUCAUCACUGCUGGAUCUACGCCGUCACCCCUGAGGCCUUGGCCUCCACAAGUUCAGCCUGCGUCAAUGAAAUCUCAGACUGGACCUCAGCUUGGACAACUGUCCCAACCACGGCCUCCUCCCCAAGGUGGACCACGCCAGCCUCAGGGAUCUCAGCCUCCACGGACAAAUGCACCUCCACAGCAGCGGCUCUCUCCUCAAGGACAGCAGCCCCAGAGUCCCCAGUCCACUUCACCUCAGCAGCAAAGGUCACCUGGAUCUCCACAGCAAGUCCGAUCAGCAACUGGGUCCUCUCCAGUCCAGGCUUCCAAGGCAGGCGUGUUCCCUCCACAGCAGCCUAGACCUCCUGCUCAAGGGCGGGCUCCUAGCCAGCCAAGCCCCACUGAAACGUCCAAGCAGCAAGCCACCCCACACCCACAUCUGAACAAAUCACAGUCCCUGACAAACACCUUCAGCAUAUCUGAAUCACCUCAGCGGGGAAAUGCCAAUGAAGACGAAGCAAAAGCUGAGACCAUCCGCAACCUGAGGAAAUCAUUUGCUAGCCUGUUUUCCGAUUAACAGCCCUGCAGCUGGAUCUGUGCUUUUGUCAGCCCUCACUCUUCAUAUCAGCGUACCUGAUGUCAUCCUGGAAUACACUCAAUGGUACCCAGCAAUUUACAACUAACACCUGGGUAAAGGGAAUUUAGAAAAAUAUAGUUGUUUUAAUACAAAGAAAAUAUUAUAAUAACGGUCUGAAAAGUGACUGUAUAAAAGUGGCACUAUUUCAUUGUUUUUUGUGCAUAAUCAGAAUCACAUCUGUUCAAAUGACUGAGUUGUAAAGCAAAUUUUACUCUUGCUAACCCCUGUGGAGUCAACACAGUUAUGACAGCGUAAACUAGAUUUUAUUUUGAUUUGUAUAUAGUCAAUACAAUUCCUAACUUCCAAUUACUGAAUCCUUGUUGAGGUCGAGCUAAAAAAAAAAAAAAAUAGGCUUAUUUCAGAAACAGAUGUGCAAAGACGGAGUCAAGAGUAAGUAUUCAUUGACCGAUAAAGUGAGCAUGCUUGAGCAUGGAAACACAGUGAACUGUGGAACUUCAUGAU